AUGCGAGGCAGGAAUGCAUCCCAUGGACUCCGUAUGCAUCUGCACCUGGCGAGAGGUGCGAGUGGGAUUAUGCAUGGUUUACUUCUGCUCUGCAAUGGCAUGUGCGCAUGCAAAAUGUCUCUGUUGCCUAAUUUUUCUUGGGUGCAGACGGCAGGGGUGGCGUCGCCGCUGCUGCCGCCAGCGUGGAGACCAACACGCGGGAAAUUGAGUGGUAAUGUGCCACCUGCCCCGAGUGUUUUGCCCUCACCGCGGCGGCGUGCACAUUCUGCGCUCCUACAUGAUCUUUGGGGCAGGAGCGAGAGAGGGCCAGGGAUAGAACGAACAUAUCUGUGGUUCAGCUCGACUGUGGUACGCGACGAUUGUACGGGGAGCGUUUUGCCCGUUGCAGUCUAA